GAGCCACACCGAUCUUCAUUUCCCACCAGAAGCAUAAGAAAUUGAUCUCCAACAAGUCCUACUCCGAUAAUGUUAUCAUGUCCUUCAUCCAAUUUGAGCGAGACCAUUGGGAAGCUGUGGAGGUCAACGUUUUUACGGUUAUCUCUCCACCAAAUCUGAUGCAUGAAGACAUUUGCAAUCUCGCCCUGGACGAGCAGAUGUCCUUCAUAAUACUUCCAUUUCACCGCCAGUUGUCUAUCGACGGUACCAUUGAAUCGGAAGACCAAGCCACUAGAAAUUUGAAUUGCAACAUCCUCAAAACAGCCCCUUGCUCAGUGGGGAUGCUCAUCGAAGGUCGCCGCCAUUUAAGACGCUUUGGUUCCAAGGAUUCAUCUGCUAGCUCAUCUAUAUACAGCAUUGCCAUCAUCUUCUUGGGAGGUAACGAUGAUCAGGAGGCGCUGACCCUAGCCAAACGCUUUUCUCAGGACGCAAGAGUUGGCCUUACCGUUGUUCACCUCAAGGCCCCCAACAAUGUUGGGACUAUGAUGUCUGAGGAUGACGCAGUGUUGAAUGAUAAGAUAUUGGAGGAUGUUAAGGAUAACAAAUAUGUUACUUACAUUGAGGAGGAAGUAAAGGAUGGACAGGAAACCUCGGUGUUUCUUCGAUCCAUGGUGAACGAGCAUCAUCUCAUCAUUGUUGGGAGACAAUAUAAUGUUGAAAAUCCACAGAGACAGAUGGCCUAAAAGAAUGGAGUGAGUUCCCAGAACUUGGGAUGAUUGGGGACUUGCUUGCUUCUGAAGAUUUUAGCGGUGCCUAUUCCCUCUUAAUUGUGCAACAACAGCAACAGAAUUUCCGUUGAGGGCUUUUUUUAAUCAAUUCAUUUGAUUUUU